AUGAGUGCAUCUUCCGAAACUAACAGCCAGAUCAACGAAUCAGAUCACUCACGCAUCCCACCUCGACUAUACUCCAUUAGCAAACGGCCAUCAUUGGAAGACUUCAAGAAGCUCAUCACCGAGUCUGUAUCAUUGCGCUAUCCACUAGCGAGUACUAUCGAAUCAAAUGUGCCGAUUUAUGAUCUCGAAGACUACCCAUCGCUGAGUUCAGACCAGAAAGUUGCUCUGCAAGAUGAAUGGCAUCACAUUCUGCUGUCAGGGCCUGGCGUAUUCGCCACCAAGAAUCUAUGCAAAGACAUGUCUCUCAUCGACAAUGUAAACACCGUCUACGCCAAAAUCAUUGCUGAAGAAAAGAAAAGAUGCAGCAAAUGCGGCGACCACUUUGCCGGAGCCGGCGCAAACGAUCGCAUCUGGAAUUCGCUAUCCAAACACUGUCUGCUCGACGCAGACUCGUUCGUAGCCUACUAUUCCAAUCCAUGGCUGCCCCUCAUCUCUGAAGCCUGGCUAGGUCCCUACCACCGUCUGACUGCCCAAGUCAACAUUGUGAAGCCCGCCGCCAAACCCCAAAUUUCCCAUCGAGACUACCACCUUGUAUUCCAAGACAAUGAGUCGUGCGCAAGGUUCCCAAAAGCAAUGCAAGUCGCAUCUCAGUUUCUCACACUGCAAGGCGCAGUCGCACACUCGGACAUGCCGGUCGAGAGUGGGCCGACGCGUCUGCUACCGUUUAGCCAGAAGUUCGACGAGGGAUACAUGGCGUAUCGCAUUCCUGAGUUCCAGCAGUACUUUUCGCAACACCAUGUUUCGGUGCCGCUGAACAAGGGGGAUGGCUUGUUUUUCAAUCCAGCGCUGUUCCACGCGGCGGGUCAGAACAACAGCGCGGAUAUCAUGCGCUCGGCCAACUUGUUGCAGAUCUCGUCGGCGGUCGGCAAGCCCAUGGAGUCGAUUGAUACGUAUCCGCUUGUCGAGCGUACUUGGGACGCAUUGAAAGCUAUGCAUAGAAACCACGGAUUGAGUGACGAGGUCAGGGCGUUAGUAGGCGUCGUGGCGGAAGGAUACCCGUUCCCCACCAAUCUUGAUAGAAGAGUACCGGAAACAGCGGGCAUGGCGCCUGAUAGCGAACAAGGGAUUUUGAUAAAGUGUCUGAAGGAGGGAGUCUCCAAAGCGGAUGCAUUGGCCCGGUUAUGCAAGUUGAGAGACGAUUCAAUGGCUUGA